AUGGAGGGCCUAGAAAUUGUGCGCAAUGUGCCCAAGGGCGUCCUGUAUGCGAUCGCUCCGUUCGUCGUCGUCGCUACCUUGCUGUCAGCUGUUCGAUUAUAUACCACAUGGAGCUACUACCAGACCAUGAGGCAGUUCAUCGAGUCGCCACAGGACGGCAAGAAGAAAGUCAAGCCACCACAGAUACCGUACUCAUUGCCAUGGCUAGGCAAUAGUCUCCAAUUUCUGGAUCCGAAACCUGGUCACUACUGGAGCGAGCUCUUCGCAUGGCACCCUCGAUCCACAGGAGUAUGCACGCUUCUCAUCGGCGGAAAGAAGACGCAUAUCCUGUUCUCUCCCUCGGCUGUGCAGGCGCUGUUCAAAGCCAAGACACCGUCCAGAGAUGUCUUUGAGCGAGAAAUGUUCCACCAUGUCUUCGGGAUGCCGGACGAGCAGAUCCACAAUUUUGAAGCGGGCAAGCACUCCCAGCACGAGAUGAACAGCCAAUAUCUCACCAAGCACGAGCGGGUCAAUGAGCUCACAUCGCACUUCACCCGGGUGCUGGAGGAAGUGUUGGAAAAAGACGCGCGGGAGGUUGUCGAGCUUGAGGGGAUUGGUCUGUACGAGUGGCUGCGUGAUCGCAUGUUCACGGCUUCAACCACCGCUUUGAUGGGCGAGAAGCUGUUGCAGGUGUACCCAACAUAUUGCCGAGACUUCUACCAGUUCGACAAGGAGUUCCUGAGUUUCUUCUUCCAGCUGCCGAAGUUCAUGAUGGGCGACGCGUUGAAGAACCGGGACAGGAUCUUCGACAAGCUCGAAGAAUGGAGCAACGAAAUGCACCGACUCAGCGGUGGUAGCCCUGUGGACCCGGAAGGUCCAGCUUGGGAGCCGUUGUUUGGCAGCAGGCUCAACCGGGCGAGGCAGCUUGAUUACAAGAAUAUUAAGCUGAAUUCCAGAACUGCGGCUGCGCUCGAUCUUGGGAUCACUUUCGGACUGGCAAGCAAUGUGAUACCGGCGACCGGAUGGGUGUUGAUGCACCUCCUCGACCCUGAGGCAGACCCAACCAUCCUAGCGCGAGUGAUGGAGGAGCUGCGGCAGGCGGAGAGGUGUGACGGAUCGCUCGACAUCCCGACUCUGGUCUCGCAACCUCUCUUGCAGUCCGUCUGGACAGAGACGCUGCGGUUGUACACGGAUGUGCUGGUAACGCGCAAUUGUACCGAGGACUUGACCCUACCGGUGGACGAGGAUGGGAAGAGGCUUGUGACCUUCCGGAAGGGAGACAACAUCUUUGCCCCCUCGUGGCUGGGUCAUCACGAUGCUGGUGCGUGGUCUGGCAAGGCGCCGUACGAGCAAUUCUACGCCACGCGCUUCUACACUGAGGAUCCGGAGACGGGGCGUGGAACGUUUAGUAUGAGCGGCACUACUGGAAAGUUCUUCCCCUUUGGCGGCGGCAGGACAAUUUGCCCAGGCAGAGUCUUUGCGAAGCAGGAAGGCCUUGGAGCACUCGCCAUGAUACUGCUGUGCUUCGACUUCGAGUUCAAGGGGUUCACGGGCGCAGAUAAGACGCCGGUGGACACAUUUCCGGGUCUUGCAAGAGCGUUCGCUGGAAGCGGUGGGCUGGUGCCGGGCGGCGAUAUCAGGGUCAAGGUUCGUCGGAGGCAGAGGUGA